GCUAAAAUCAACAAUGUGGCAGAGUAUGAGGCACUCCUCAGCGAUCUCAAAAUCGUUACAAACAUGGGUUCCUCGCACCUUCACAUCUACUCUGACUCAUUGUUGGUUGUGAACCAGGUGAUAGAAAUUAUGAAGUCAAAGAAGAGGCGCUCGUUAAGCUAUAAGGAAAUGUCAGAGGUAUUCUAUCCAAACUAGAGACAUGGAAGUUGGAGCAUGUCAAGAGAGAAGAUAAUCACCAUGCAGAUGCCUUAUCAAACCUAGAAACCGCAAUGGAUUUUGAGGGAGACCGCCAAGUGACGGUGACAAAGGAUGCAAUGUCAAGAAAUGAUGUAAUGGCUGUAGCAAAUGAAGUUAACGAUUGGCGGUCACCAUUGACCGCCUAUCUGCAGAAUGAAACAGUUCCCGAUGAUGCUAUCCAGGCAAGAACGUUGAGGAAAAAGGCAACCCACUACACACUGGUGGAGGGGCAACUGUGCCAGAGAUCUUUUUCAUGCGCGUACUUGAAGUGCCUAGGGCCAGACGAGGCAAAAUGGACGGUCAAGGAAAUUCACCAGGGAUCAUGUGCUUCACACUCUGGACCGCGAAGCUUGGAAAGAACUAUACUGUUGCAAGGCAACUACUAGCCAACAGUGAAGACGGAUACAAUGGAGACAGUUCGGGGUCACACGAAUGUCAAAUACAUGCCAUCAAGUAGCAUCUGUCUAAUGAAGAACUAAACAACAUAAUAGGGCCAUGGCCAUUCGCACAAUGGGGGUUGGAUCUGUUAGGACCAUUUCCUACUUCCCCGCUAUGAAAAAAUUACCUGGUGGUAGCUGUAGACUACUUCACGAAGUGGAUAUAGGUUGAGCUGCUAGACACAAUCACCAGUGCAAAAAUCUUGAAGUUCCUAUUCAACAACAUAAUGAUCAGGUUUGAGACUCCUAAUACCAUCAUUACUGAUCAUGGUACCCAGUUUGACUGCAGGUCAUUUGAUAAUUUCUGUGCAAGAAACCACAUUACCUGAAAAAUGGCCUCAGUCGCAUCCCCCCAAGCCAAUGGGAAGUAGAGUCGUCAAACAAACUGAUCCUAUAGGGAUUGAAGAAAAGGCUAAAGUAAGC